AAGGAGAUUGACAAUGUAUUUCAUCGAAAGCCUUUAAUAUAUGAUAAAGAUGGAAGGAAGUGUUGCUGGUGUCCGGAUUUUACCGGCCGUUGUUCAAUUUCAUGACGCUGAACCUGGCGUGUUGCAUCAGAUGAACUUGAAAGUACAGAACCUAAGCAAGUUCUCAAAGUCUGUACGAUUUCAUGCUCCAGACUCCAAGUUUUUCUCAGUGAAAGUUAAGAAUCCAGACAAACCUAUCGCUCCAGGACUUGAUGUGACUGCCUUGGUAGAGUAUUACACUGACCAUGCAGAAGAUAAACAAGAUAGAGCAAUAUUAUUGGUUGAUAAUGACAUCAUUGAGAUUCCUUUGAUAGCUUUCACACCAUCACCUCAACUGGAAAUCUGUGGACCAGUUAAUUUUGGAUCAAUAGUCGCUGAUGGAAAGGUUCUUACAAGUUAUUUCUCCAUUGAUAAUUAUGGAAGUAAAGCUGGAGAGUUUAAAAUCAAGUACACUGGAAAACAGCCAAUCACUUUAUCACCCACUAGUGGUGUGGUUGAGGCAGAAACAUCUCAAAAAAUUAAGGUGGAGUUUAUUAGCAAAACAUGUGGAAAAGUACAAGAAGUUAUAAAUGUCAAGCUUGAAGGUCAAGAACAAGGUCAUACAGAAGUUCUUGCAAAUGUUGUUGAAAGAAACAUUCAACUUUUAAAUCCAGAAAGCAGAACAGAAGUAGAGCACAUACAGUUUGGUCCAACAUACUAUGGCACAGAUCAACUGCAAUCUUUCCUUCUAAGUAAUAAUGGUCCUGAUAAGAUUAACUUUGUUGUCUUAUUAGAUGAGGAUAGUGAAGGGCAAGAGGUGGGUCUAGAUCUAACCAAGAAUGCAACAGCGUUGAUGACCUCUCACACACGUUUUCAGUCGGAUAAUGGUGAUGAAGGAGAAGACUUAACGUCUUUGAUUUCGGCGUUUCCUAACCAAGGAACACUUGCUUCAGGACAAACAACUGAACUCUUCUUUAAAUUCAGCCCAAGAUUCCAGAAAUCAAACUUGGGUUGGAAAAGUGCAGAGGAAAUAGCUCCAAGAAAGGACUAUGCUUUGUUCAUCAACAUUGAAGCUGUGGGGUUAAUCAACCAGAGCGAGGAAGGCGCGUUUAAACAUGGUUGCAAACGGGAGAUUGCAGUCUCGGGCACGGCUGUACCAGUGGAUAUCACAGUUAAUCCUGGCGCUAAAUUUUUGUUUGGAAAAUGCGACGUUGGUGAUCAUAUCGACGCGUUGUGUUCCAUCACAAACAACUCAGCUCUUUUACCAACCACAUUUGCUACCAAAGCACUGGCACAUUUCCAUCCCAAACCAUGCAAGGCUGUUUUAAAACCCUUACACUCCACGGACAUCAUGAUUUCAUUCAAGCCUAAACAGAUGGGAACGUUCGCUUCGAAAUUAGAGCUGAGUUUUCUCGGUGCGAUUCUAGAUCCUGAUACGACACCCAGUGCUAAAACGCAAGUUGUUUACAAACAAGUUGUUAUCCAUACGCAGUAUUUACAACUUCACGGUGUUUGUAAUGAUCCUGGUUCAUCGACUUUGCGUCAUACCGGUGGAUUACCAUCGUCUGUUAGUUCACCAAAAACAGCUGAUGUUAGAGAGAGUAAAGAUGGUUAUGAAGUUGCGAAGCCAAACGAUAGAGCAACGAGCAUUCGUCCAGCUCAACGGAACUCGAAAAUUCGAACGCAAUUUACUGGAAUUCAGAGGUAUUCGUACAUUGAUCCAGAUUUCGCGCUAUCUGAUGAAGAAACAAGUCGAAAACAACAGCACAAACAGCUCUACUUGAACUAUAUCCGAGAUUCAAGAACCUGCAGAGAGCUGAAAAGCAGCAAACAUGAGAUGGAUAAAUGGGAAAAUAACAAAGAUCUUGGUAUGAAACCUGCUCAUGGCCUGCCACCUCCGAAAUUGUCUGCAGAAGAAGCUCUUGCUGCAGACGAAGGAAGCGAAGCAGAGAAAAAGAGCAACGUUGAUGGUCUGUUAAGUAGUAAAAGUUUAGCUACGCCUGAAAAUAUUGUUGAAGGUCUCAAUGCUGUUCCUCUGACUGAUUUGGAAAAGCUGGACUGCAAUAAAACACUGACUCCGCAGGACAUUAAAAAGAUUAAAAUUACUUCUGCUUUGAUUGAUUUUGGCGAAGUCUGUCAGCGUUCUGUUAAAACAGAAUACCUGACAAUUGGCAACAAUUUAGAUCAAUAUAUUCAUAUCGUUGUCAAUGUUGAUUGUCGAGAGCUACGUCAGUCUUCACCGUUGUCCCAAGUAAUCCCACCUUUUUCUACGGCGAGAAUAAAUCUCCUGUUUGAAUCCAACUCCAAAGGAUCAUUUGAAAGGAGCAUCAAAUACACGAUCAACGAACGUCAUCAGUUUCAUGUUGUUGCCAGAGCUCAAGUUAUUUCAGUUGCUUUGGAGUUGUCUUGUGAUCAAAUAAUGCUCAAACCAACGCCAAGUAUGGCGGCUGAGUCUGGUUUUCGUGGUGUGGUUACCAUCAGUAAUAAACGAAAUGCCGCCGGGGAUUUUUCAUGGAAGAUUGUGAACGGCAAAGAUGGUACAUCGUUUUCUAUUCGGCCUUCAAAAGGAACUGUUGAGGCGUUUUCAUCGUUGGAUUGCGAAGUUGUUUUCUAUCCUUCAUUUGGCUGCUCAAGAAAAACCCAGUUUGCGCUUCAUGUUGAUGGAGGAAACUUGCCAAAACUGCUUUGUCAAGCUGAGUUUGGUCCAGCGCAAUGUUCUUUUGUUGAGCGAAGAUUUGUGUUCGGUUUUGUUCCACUGCAUCUUACCACCGUGAGGAAAUGUCAUUUGAAAAACACAGGAAACAACCACGCUUACUUUCAGGUGUCAAAUACCCGACCAUUGGCUGGCAUGGUUAUAUCUCCAAAGCAGGGCGUAGUCCCCGUUGGAGGCACAACAGAGCUCAAGGUGGAAUUUACGCCGGAUCUUGCGCAUAAAUUUGACAGCGAAAUCGAGGUGAAUAUUCUUGGCUGGAAGACGAUAUCUUUACGAAUGGGAGGAACCAUUGAGCAGCCUUGUGUCGACGUUGAUGUCAGAGCUCUUCAAUUUCAUGGCGUUUAUUGUGACUCAACUGCAAAACUACCGUUUAAACUAUGCAAUAAGACGCGUUCGAAGGCAAAGGUUGUCUUUGAUUUAUCGCGUUACCAGGACUUCUCCUUACAGUUCCAUGAUGACAAAGAUGAAUCUUUUGAGAACGACGAAGGUUUAUUCACAACUUCACUACAAGCUCUGGAAAGUCUUGACUGUGUCUUGAUAUUCAAACCAACAGAGGUUGCCUCGUAUAAUUUCAUUCUUCCCGUGACAAUCAACGAUACAAUGGCUCCCAGUCCUACUCCGUCUUCGAUACCUCCCUCCCCUGCACCGUCAAAUACAAACUGGACUAUACCUGAACUGGAUACACCUCCUCCUAUCCCUGUAUCCAUAGCAACACCCAGCAGACGUGUGCUUGCGACAGCAUUACGACCUCCACUGCAGCUCUCUCAUAGUCAUAUGAAGUUCAGCCUUCCUGCGGGUUAUUAUGACUUAGGCAUUCAAUCAGAUGCGGGCAGAGUGCAGACUUGUAUUCUCGUCAACAACAACAGCAAACCAUGCAAGUGGUCUGUCGAUAUCUCCUCAAGCUUAUCGUUAUUUGAGGAAGGAAUAUUUACAUUUAUACGAAGAUCCGGCUCGCCUUUUCCCAGUCCACGAAGAUCAUCCCCUAACUUACAUGUGCCAAGCGGUACACUCCAGUGUGGCGAGACGUUUCAACUUGCAGUCAUGUUUUCACCAAAACAACCUGGUAUGUAUCGUGCUUCAGUGCCACUAAUCCUGAACGAUGAUCAUCAAAACACGUAUCGUGUUGUGGAACUAGAGGGCGAGCUUCUGGCUGAUGAAAUCAAAUUUGAACCGAAAACAAUAGACUUUAAAGUUGUGCCUCUAGCUAUCGAGAAUUCGAUGGAAUUUGAAAUCAUUGCAAAAGGAUAUAAAAAGUCAUGUGAUAUCCUUGUUGAUUUACCCGAGGUCGAGAUGAACGAUGGGAGUCGUAUGUGUUUAUUAUCCACCGCAUUCCCCAAAGGAACCAAAAUAGAGCCAUGUUACAGUGAUGAUCCUCAGCAAGAGUCUUGUCGUCGUAUACCUUGCAAGCUCACAUUCAGGUCACCCAAACCAGUCUCAUUUGCAACUGAAAUCAAAUUAACUGUUAACGACGAAAGGUUCUUCUUACCAGUGAGUGCGACGGCAGACAACUGUUUAUUGACCAACUAUCCAUUUCUGGCUCUACAUCGCAACGACUAUCAUAUCGUCUGUGAACAGAAACCUGAAAUGUUCAACAACAACGGAGACGAUGAUACCAGCAUUAGCACAGAAGUAUUUUUACUGCCAUGUAUCACACCCAACCGUCCAGUCACUUAUGGCUCCACUGGUGCCACAAGUACCACAUUUUGUGCAUCAUCAUCAUCCUAUGAAGACUCCAGUGAUCCUUCCAGUUCCCUUAGAGAUACUCCGAGUCCAGUAGAGGAGAUGAUUCAUAAUAGUGGUAUCACUAGACAUCAGGAGUUAGAUUUCGUGGCUGAGCUAAGAAGUCGUGAUUUGAUUGGCGGAGAUAGUCCUGAGGAAUUGAUCUUUUUUAAAGAGGUUCUAAAAGCGUUACAAAGGUGGAUUUCAUUGCAAGCGUGGUCAUCAGGUCCAUACCCAAUCAAAAUCCCGAAAUACUUUCAGGAUUCCUUCGAGACGAUCGAAGACUUCACCGUGAGCGGUCAGGGGGGUUGGAACGGCAGCGUGCAUAAGGAUACACGUACAAUAUUUCAGUUGGUCGCCCAUCUUUGUGGUCGACACAUUCCUGGUAUUCCUGUCAAUUUCUCAUUCCCCUCCGAUCGUUACGAUAGAGUUCGUAAGCUGCAUUGGAUGUAUUCCGCACUUUUGGUCUUUCUCAGAGCGCAAGGGGCGUUGUUAGCUCACGUUAGUCCAGAAGACUUAAUGAGCUACUCUGACUACUGUGAUUGGAAGAAAAUUGAAAGGGAGCAGUCAUGUGAUCGUGACGUCAAAUCUCGUGAUAGGAAUAGCGAGAGAGUGAGAUACGAGAGGGUAUCGUGCAGAGCGUGGACUGAUCUAUUGUUGCAGCUUCUUAAGGUGUUCGCGCUUGGUCGAGUUACUCCACAACAUUUCAAGAAAAUCUCCUAUCCUCCUGGAGAUUCUUGUCCACCGUUCAUUAACCCGGAUCCUUUGUCCAGCAACAUUUACAGCGUUGGUGAAAGAAUAUUGCUGGCUUGGUUUAACCAUCAUUACAAAGAACAAAAACAGAAAACUUGGGCAGUAAACAGAUCACUGCCCUCUGCUCGUUGGAUUGUAAAUUUUGACCUGGAUUUUAUGGAUGGUCUUGUGUUGGCUGCAGUUCUGGCUGCUCAUUGUCCUUUCCUGGUCGACAGUCAUCUGCGCAACAUGUUUCUUCAUCCGACCACAGCAGAGAAAUGUCUGCACAAUGCUGUUCAAGUUGUUGAAGCUUUCAAAAUGAUACAUUUGGACUACGAUGUUGUGGCAACUGACAUCACAGAAGCCAACCCCGUAUCCAUUCUUCUCCUUUGUCUUCAUCUCUAUCAACAUUUACCACAGUAUAUCCCUCGUACCACUGUCGAUUUCACUGGCAGUCUACACGCCACAAUAGUGAAACAUGUUCAACUUCAAAAUCCAAGUAGCAAUAAACCUUUGUUUUAUCGAGCGAUCUUACUUGGUCAAGAUGCAUCAGAUUUCACGGUGCCCAUGGGUGAAAUGAUACAGGUUUCACCGAAAGGUCAAGUCCAGUUGCCUAUCGAGUUCAAAAGUCGUUUUCUACGUCCAUGUACGGCUACGCUGGUCCUGGUUGGUAAACGUGCGGGCUCAGCCACUGGUUGUACCCUUGUGUUCAACCUGAGGACAUCUGUUGAUAAUAUCACACCCAGGGCAACAAUCAAGUGUGAAUCUCCGCUGUAUGAGAUCAAUAAAGUUGAUUUGGAUAUUUCCAAUCCGUUUCCACACAAAGGGAAAUUCCGUGUUGUGUUAGUGGAAGCUCGCGGUCAGUUAGCCAACAAUGCAGGCAAAGAAAAGAGGGUGAAAAGCAAGACGAUUAAAAAAGUUGAAUCCAAAACAGACCACGGACAAUCAAGAAAGCAAAAGACAUCCAAAAAAGAUCUUAUUGUACCAGUUACGCCUGAGAAGAAAAAUAAUGCUCAAAUACUUCCCGAGAACCUGACCUUAACCCGUGCUUUCUGGUGUUCCGACGACAACAUUCAGCUCGAAGCUAAUGGCAGCGCCAGAAUCGAGAUCAAUUUUGUCCCAUUCCAAAUUGGCAAUCGCCAGUGCUCCGUCCUGCUCAUUAACGAAGACAUUGGAGAGUUUUUAUACUUGAUCGAAACAGAGACUACGGUCCCAUUGCCAUGCCGCGUUCCAUACGUACCGUCUGCUCACAGUGUACGCGUCAGCAGCUCUCUUGCAGCCCACCAUGGUCGGGGUGUUUAUGGUGGAGAUGAUCGCGUUUUGUACUGGAAAUGUGAUUGCAGUGAGACGUUCACUGAGAAUAUUGUUAUUACGAGAACCAAUUUAGCAAAGGAAAAUGCACUCGCGCUCAUAGGUCAGAAAAACAUGUCAAAGAAGGAACUACGACGUCGUGAACUGACGAAUACACUCAACAUCACCAGUAUCACAUCUGCAAUGACUUUACUGGGUUUAGCUCCAGACUAUUACCCCAACAUGGUCGAGGAGCGUGGCUUCAAGACGUCCAAUGGUUGUAUUGCAUUUAAAGUUGAAUCAAGCUCAAAGUGUUUCUCCGUUCCUGCAACCUUGAAGAUCCCACUGGGUUCUCCUUCUACCUUUGAUAAUAGCGUGGUGUUACCCGUGCAGUUCACUGCCGAAGCUCCUGGUCACUACCCUUGUCAAAUCACGUUGAAAUCAGUGAAUGAUAUACGUGUGUAUCAGAUUGAAUGUACGGUCAGUCCUGUGGGCUUGGCUACAGAACUGGAAUUUACUACACCACUUCAUCAGUCCGUUACACAAGAAAUACCUGUGGUGAAUCAAACGAAGCAAGAUUGGCAGUUGAUAGCAUCAGUUGAAGGAGAGGGAUUUUAUGGACCACCAGUGAUGGUGGCGAAGGCUUGUGUCACGUCAUACUACCCUCUUAUGUUCCGGCCCAGCCGCGAAGAUUGUGUCAAGGGAAAACUUGCGUUAACCAACGCUCAGGAUGGCAGUGAACAAGUUUACAUAUUAAAAGGAUUUGGUGACCCACCUGCAGCUAUGGAACACAUUGUUAUCGAGUGUGAGGCACGCAAGAAGACCACUCACAGUAUUCAACUGCCAAUGACGACACGCAAGAGGAAAGAUUUCAAGGUUGUCUCUGAUCUCGGGAUUAUAACUGGAUCCCCUUACGUUUCGUGUAUAGCAAGUAUACCUACAAACUAUCAGCUCACUGUGUUGCCGUGGCGACGUGGCGUAUUCAAUGGCGUUGUCUCGUUCAUCGAAUCACCGUUACCUGGUGCAAAAAGUACUUCACGAGUUAGCAGAACUGACGAUAGUGAUACAAGCGAAGAUGAGCAAGAUACCCCUAGUUUCCAAUCUUCCAGCGGAUAUGCAGGUUCUGAGCCAGCAAUCAGCGAGUCAGUGAAACCAUAUAGGUUUUGGUAUUCUGUUGAGAUUCGUUCCAGUCCAGCUCCUCCCGAGAAAGUCCUAGACGUAUGCUGUGCAGUAUUGUCAGCGGCUGGCGUUGAGAUUACUGUAAGUAAUCCAAGUGACGAACAGGUCGUGAUGAAUGUCAUUGUAGAGGGGCAAAGUCUUCAUGGUGAAUCUGUGUUAGUCCUGGGUCCGAAACAACAGACUUUAUAUCAAGCAAUGUACACGCCAGUUGUAAUCGGAAUGGAACAGGGAAGCAUUGUAUUUCAACACGAAAUCAUUGGUGAGUUUUGGUACAAGUUAAACCUUCUUGCAGAGCAACCAGAACCAAACCAUCUUCCAAACAUCGACAGUGAACUUGGCAGUCACAGUCAUCAAAUGAUUCAGCUGGAAAACCCAACAGGUCAGACAUUGACUCUCACACCUUAUUCUUCAAAUCAACGAAAUUUUGCGCUUGAAAUUGACACUUCAAAACAGUUAUUUAUAGUUCCCCAUGGCGUCAUUCAAGUUCCAUUGAGGUUUACACCAUCCCAGAUUGGUUUGGGAAAGCACAAAGCUAAAAUCGUAUUCCGUAGUGAACAGUUGGGAGAUUGGACGUUUAUUGCGUCAGGAACAGGUCUGAAUCCAAAACCAGCCAAGCCAAUUUAUGUUCAUGGCAAGUUGUCUGAAAAUUCUUCGGUUAUUGUUCCAUUUCGAAAUCCAACUGAACACACCGUGGUUGUUGAUGUUAGUUUAAAAGAAAAAUCAAUGUAUUCAGGUUCUGUGUUUCUUUCCGGCGUAUCCAGUGAAAACUCAAGCGAGUUGGCGUUCUGCCUUCUGCUAAAACGCCAUGAUGGUAUCCUUCUACGACCACAAGAAACCCUAGAUAUCCCUGUCACAUUCAGUCCUAAUUGUAUGAAGUCUUACGAAGCAACAGUCACCGUGUCCAUUCAGCGCUAUGAUAUCGCUCCCGGCACAUCGUACUCGGAUAUUUUGCCCACAACCAUGAUAAAUAACCUCAGCUGGAUAUUCCCACUCAAAGGCAUUCCAGUGUCGCACGUGAUGAGUACAUCACGUGCUAUCACAAUUGAAUGUCAAUCACGUGAUCGAACUGAACAGAUUGUUGAGCUGACUCUGUCCGGGGUUGUACCAAGUGGGAGAAUGGGUUCUCUGUACACGGGAGAUGUGAGCACACCCAUAAGUUUAGUCAGAGAGGACUCUCUCAACGACGCCCAAAUGGGAGUCGAUAAUGUACCCUUUUCAGAAAGUUUUAGUUACGAGUUUCUGUACGAGGAUAAUGAUUGUCAAAACGCUUUAGAAAGAUCUCUUGGAAUCCAGUUAGAAAAGAAAUAUCGCAAUAAAGCCUCUGGUGUGGUCACUUUGAUAUUUCGUCUCAUUUUCUCUCCGUAUAAACCUUUCAAUCAUGUGGUUCAUUUGGUUAUCAGCGCUGGUUCUGGUGGCGUAUGGAAAUUCCCAAUCCGUUUCUUAGCCACGGAAGCUGACGUUGACGACACAAUCACAAUAGAAGCAGUUGGUCUUAACAAGGAAGCCGUUGUUGGAUUUCGCUUGAACAGUCAAAGCAGACAAGCAGUUCCAUUCACAGCAUCCUUCACAGCUGACUCAGAUAAAGAGUUUGCUCUUUUCUGUUCUUCUGAACUGCUCUUACCUCAAGAUAGCGAAGGAACUUUGAUUAAAAUCACAUACAAACCAACGUUAUAUGGCAAAACACACAAAGCGAAGAUUAUUGUUCAGACUGCGGACAUGCAAUGGACUUAUGAGAUCAAAGGUGUGAAUCCAGAAUAUACACCGCCCAGUGGACAAUCCGUCAUUACAACAAAACAAACAACUUAUGUUAAACAACGUAAGAAGAACUACAUUCGUGAUAAUCUCAGGCUACAGGCUACAGGAGUUUCUUCUCCCAUCAAAGGCGCUCCCAUCAUUCAACGUGGUCGUCGUAACUUCAAAACGUGAUGACGCCAUCAGUGACGUCAUCUGAUGAAGUUAAUAUGUGUCUUAUAAAUCAAUAUUUUGUCUCAAACUGUACAUUUAAAGUAAUUAUUUUUAAUCAUGCCGUAUUUCUAGAGUAAAUUAUCUUGUGUAAAUAUAGUUUAAAGUGCUGUCUUAUCACUCUUAUUUUAUGGAUGAAUUAUUUGGAGAAUGACGCAUGUUACAACCUGAUGCGCGGGCAGGAAUAUUAGGGUAAAUGCUGUUGUGG